AUGGAAAACGCCCAGUUAUCCGAGUCUGAGAAUUUGCAACCCAAAUUAUGUGGAAAGAAAAAGACAAGUUAUGGAGAUUAUUGUUGUGUCCCUGGAUGCAGCAAUCAAAGGGGGAAAGACAAGGGCAGUGAAGUUAAAAGGUCGUACUACAGGUUUCCCAAAGACGAGAAACAGAAAAGUACCUGGACCAAAAUGAUAAGGAGAGAUCAUUGGGAACCAAGACCCUUUGAUCGGAUAUGUUCCGAUCAUUUUGAGGGAGAAACCUUCUUAGUACAAGGAAGUACACUUGGUGAUACCAUUUCAUCAAGGGAUGUCAGUUCAAGUCUGACAGGAGGUUAUUUAUUUGUUUCUAAAGUACUGAUUGUUGCAUAUCUUAUAGGCACGAAACAGACAUCAUCAACAGAAAAAGGUUACAUACCUACUCUGUUCCCAUAUCAAAAGAAAACACCAGCUAGAAAAACAAGUAAUUCAACUAAACAAGAAAUACAAGUAAUUGAUGGGCAGUUAGAAAACAAGACCAGACAGAGAAAAAAAAGAUUAUUUCAAGAUAUCACUGUUGCCAAUAAUCAAGUAGGGCGUCCAUUAGAUAAGAAGCCAUAUGAACCAAUAAUACCUCAGAUUAAUAAUCAUGAUUACAUAAAUACAGAAACAGAAAAAGGAAAUUAUUGGUUAAUCAAAGAAUAUCUACCUGAAAUUAAAGAAAAAAUGAAUGAACUUGAACGUCUGAAAAAAAUUAAUGAAAGCCAAGCUAAGCAGAUUUUAAGCUUACAAAACAUGAAGGACAAUCCUAAACGCAUGGUUUUUUGGACAGGCUUUUCAAAUUAUGAGAAUUUCUAUGCUUUAUUUCAAUAUUUUGAACCAAGGGCUACAAACAUGAGAUAUUGGAAAGGUGAUGCAGGCAUGCCUGAUACAUUUUCUGAUAGGAAAAGAGGUCCAGAGAGGAAGCUUUCGUUAAUUGAUGAAUUCUUUUUAACUAUGGUGCGUCUGAAAGUUGGCUUAUUGGUUGAAGAUUUAGCAAUCAGGUUUUCAAUCAGUGUUGGUUUGGUUUCACAAAUUUUCAGCUCUUGGAUAAAUCUAAUGUAUGUUGAUCUCAAGGAGUUAUGUGAACUACCUUCAAAAGAGGUAUUGAAUGAAAAUCAAUCACACGCUAUGAAGGAUUUUGAAGAUGUAAGGGUUAUUAUUGAUUGCACUGAAAUAUUUGUUCAAAAUCCAAGCAAACUUGAUGCAAGAAAACAGGUUUUCUCAAAUUAUAAGCACCACAACACAUUCAAGUUUUUGAUUGGUGUUAGCCCACAGAUGGGGAUAACUUAUGUAAGCAGGAUGUAUGGUGGUCGAGCAUCAGAUAAAUUUAUAACAUGCGACUCAGUUGAUCUCCUUCAUAAUUUAGAAGUCAAUAAAGGUUCUGUAAUGGCUGAUAGGGGAUUUUUGAUAAGUGGUAUAUUAAAUGACAUGGGUGUUAAGCUGCACAUGCCGUCUUUCAAGGGAACAGAAAGAGCACAACUGAAAAGCUCAGAAGCCAGAACGUCUGAAGAUAUCUCAAAGGUUAGAAUUCAUGUCGAACGUGCCAUUCAGAGAGUGAAAACUUUCCACAUUCUAGAUGGCGAGGUAAAACUAUCAAUGAAAGAUUUGGCAGAACAAAUAUUUACAGUAUGUGCUUUCUUGGUGAAUUUUCAAACCCCAAUUUUGAAGAAGUAG